AUGCUUCAGACACUCCAAUUUCGGGUGACGUCAUUUGGAGUAUCUCCCAUCAGUUCUCCACAGUCAAUUCCCCAUUCGAAUCUUAAUGAUCAAAGAAACCAAAUGGAUAGCCUGCCUGAUCUAACUGGCCAACUAAACCGCACAAGUGCUUAUGCCACGUCUUUCGGAGGCCUGAGUGACAUCUGGCGAUGUACAUGGAACAGAAGUGGUGGCAUUAUCGUAGUAGCUGUGAAGUCAAUCAGGAGUCAAGCACUAGAUGAAGAUGAUGCGAAGAAAAAGAGUAGGAGGCUUCGCCGCGAGCUCAAAGUUUGGUUGAGACUUAGACACGAUAACAUCGUCCCACUGUGCGGCACUGUAUCAGGCUUUGGCCAAUUCGUUGCCCUGGUUUGCCCCUGGUAUGACAACGGAUCGCUUUCAAGUUAUCUGGAAUCCCAUGGCGAAACCUUGUCCAUAAUCAAUCGUUUCCAACUGCUCAGUGACAUUUCCGCGGGUCUUCAAUACCUUCAUUCGUGCUCUGUUGUUCAUGGUGACCUUACUGGGUCCAAUGUCCUCAUCUCAUCCGAUGGGAGGGCUCAUCUAUCCGACUUUGGUCUCUCCGUUAUAGUUGCGGAGUUCGCGGGCACGUCAUAUUUCACGUCUGCCUUGAAUGGCACUGUGCGAUGGAUAGCACCCGAACUUCUUGCAAUUCCUGAAGAAGAAGGCGCAAUCACGAUCCCGACAUCAAACAGCGACAUAUAUUCGUUUGGGUGUAUUUUUUUCCAGGUAUUGACGGGCAAAGCACCCUACUCCGAGUUCAAGCGAGACGCACAAGUUGUGGUCGCAAUUUCUCUCGGAACAAAACCGUUGCGUCCCGAGUUUCCCACGAUCAUCGAUAGCCAUUGGAGUUUUAUUCUGAAUUGCUGGUCUACUAUCGAGGACUGUAGACCAUCUUCUCAGCAGGCAGAUGAAUACAUCAAAGGCCAGCUUCACUUCUUACAGCAUGACACAUCAUCCUCCGACUAA